CCAACAAACCAACAGAGAUACACCACACCUACUACUACGAACAGUACACACAUCUCAAUCCUACCCAAAUUCAAUUUCCUUCCUUCCUUCAUCCCUUCUCCACCUCUUCUUCUUCGCACACCCAUUCCUCUGCCCAACGCACGCACAUCACGCAGUGAAAGGCAAAGCCCGAAAUAACAAUGGGUUUCUUUUCUUUUCUUGGAAGGGUGCUCUUCGCGUCUAUCUUCAUCCUCUCUGCAUGGCAGAUGUUCAAUGAAUUCGGAGAGGAUGGUGGACCUGCAGCAAAAGAGUGGGCUCCCAAAUUGGAUCUAGUCAAGAAGCACAUCGAUGGACUAAUUGGAAAGAAUAAUUUGCACAUUGAUGUUAGGACUUUUGUUGCUGCCUGUAUUUUUCUGAAGGGAUUGGGAGGUCUUUUGUUUGUGCUAGGCAGCAGCUUUGGUGCUUAUCUUCUGAUAUAUUACUUGAUAUUGACCACUCCAUUGUUGUAUGACUUCUACAACUAUAAAGUUGGACAGCCAAAAUUCUUUGGACUCUUACAGGAGUUCCUCCAGUGUGUGGCAUUCGUUGGAGCACUGCUAUUUUUCCUCGGCAUGAAGAGCUCUAUUACAAGGAGGCAACCCAAGAAAAAGACCCAAAAAGCUAAGGCAGCUUAAAUGCAUGAAAGCAUGAGGCUCCGGUAGAUUGUUUAGUGAAUGAAGUUUGAUCAGAAACUUAGGAUUUGAAUUAGACGCAGUCGGUUAUUUAGAACUGUACUAUUCUAUAUCAGCUUCCAUUUGUUGGUGGUGUAUUCUGUCCCCUUCUAUUCAAAUUUUCGCCCAACAAAGCUAUUGAUUAAGACCUUGUUUGGAAGUGAUCGGAUGUUUUGAUGUCGUUGAGCACUUGGUUUCUUAAAUUCAAAUAUUUCUUGGUUA